AUGGCCGAAAUUUCCUUUGUUUCAGAGGAAGUAAACGGGAUUGUCAAGGACACGCUGGAUACGAUGCUUGGUCAGGUCACAUAUCAACAAAGCAAGAUGACCCAGCUUACCGAGAGUGUCAUCGACGAGGUCCUGAAGAGACUCGUGGCUCUCAAAAAGCCGUACAAGUAUCUGGUAUCAUGUGUCCUGAUGCAGAAGAUGGGUGCAGGACUCCACUCAUCUGCGGCUGAGAUGUGGGAUACCACAACAGACGGCUAUGCCCACGUUAGGUGGGACAACAAAACUAUGUUCUGUUUCCUCACGGUCUUCGGAGUAAGCAUCUAG